AAGUGCCAUUUAAAUUUCAAAACAAUCCAUGCCAAUAACAAACAAAACUGAUUUCCAUGUUGGAUUCUAAGUGAAUUACAAACACACACACAGACACGCAGUACAGCGCAUGCUGUGAUCGAGGGAACACUUCAGAUUUAUCAACACGCACGAUCGCGUUCAUCAAAUUUGCUUAAACUGAGCAUUCUAAAGUACGGCUGUCUUUUACAUUAAGGAUUCUAACACACCAACAUGAAGCAGACGCUUUACAAGAGUUGCGUGUAGGGGGGAAACACGCCAAACUUAUGAAAUGUGAAGGCUCAUGGAAGCAGCUUAAAGGUAGAGAGGUCAUCUGCCGCUUUUAUUGGUGUCCAUGUGAAUGUACUCAGUGCUCCGCUUUUAUGAUUGGGAUAAUACUGAUUAAGAGUCGACCAUGUAAGCAGUGAUUUUUGAUUACCUUAAAGGAUCACGCGAGUCCUGAAAUGCGGAGGUUUUUCUUUCCGUUCGCCAUGCGGUAUCAACAUCCAUUAAAACAUCCGGAAUGAAAAUAUGCUGGUUCGCGAUUGAAAGUAGGGCCGUGAGGUGAGGGGGGGUGGGGUUUGUAGCGGAUGAAAGUGAAGACCGGGGGGUUCGCUCACUUUUCUGCUGCCCAGGGCAGCUGCCUAGGUCGCCUCUAUGCACGCGCCGUCCCUGAACACCAACGGCCACAACACAAAUAAAAAGAAACUGCAACUGCGUUAUUUUUUUUAACACGUUAAAUAUUUCAAAGUAAUCACAUGCAUUAACGCGCUAAUUUUGUAUAUAUAUUUUGAAUAUUUAAAUUGAAGCUAGGUUAGCCUAGCUGCCUCAUACGCUGACCAUUCAACAGCUUACUUCAUGCACAGCAUGAGAGGUGAAAUUAAAAAAUAAUCUAAUAAUAAUUAAUUAAACCGUGAUUUCUCUUUUUUUUUAAGCCAGAACGCCUGAUAGACUAUUGUUGUGCAAUGAAAUAUAGCGUUACUAACCGACGAGAAUGGCGACACUGAUGGAUUUGUGCCGAAUAUUAGCAUCAUUGACAUAACAAUGUACAGUGCCUAUUACUGUCAGCAUGUUUGUGUGCAUUUUAUACAGUUUCUAUUCUAAUUUGCAGUUAAGUUAAUCAAAGUAUAAAUAGCAGAACUGAACAAAUAAAUUUUCCCCUACCAGCAAUUAUUAAUCCGACAACAAAUAUAAAAACAGACACUAACCCCUUAUAGCAUCGUCACCAAUGACCAGUCUUCAAAAGACCGACAAAAACAACAGUGAAUUGUAGCUCUGACAUGGACAUGGGCGAUAUAAAUGACUGAAAAACAGCUGCGGGUGAAGUAUAUUGAUCGUAAGUGCUCAGUUUGUGAUCAUAUCUCGGUUUUGUUCUGUUAAUAUGUAAUUUCAAAUAUUUGUAGCAUGAAAUGGAGGCAAAUAUUAUUGCUAUUAGUAUGAUUAUUAUUGCGAGGGCUUAAAUUGAGCAGUGCUCAUAAUAUCGAGCGAAAAAAAAAAAAGACAGCUGUGAAACACAACCUGCUUUGUGUUUUUGUAGGAAACACAGUUUGGAUGUGUUUAGGGUAAGAGGUGUGUGAGUUAUUGCAGUCGGUCUAUAACUUAAUAUGUCCGGAAUAUUAAAACAAAACCAACUUAACCCCGCUCUUUUAGUGCCCCGCACACAGCUUAAUCCACGCUGGCAUUUCUCCCCUUGGAGUUUAGAUUUUGCAAAGGGAAAAAAUUCCACCAUCCUGUCUAAAUUUUUAGCAUAGCGGGUAUCAUAUUUGCACAAUCCAUAUGCACAACGCUUUGGCCUGUUUCCCUCACUCGAAAGCGUGACAGUACUCCUGCGCGUAGCUACGAUUGCUAACCCACAGUGUGUGGCGGUUUUCGAGUGUGGCUUAGCGAAGGGUCAAUUUCUGCGUGGUGAAUGGCCGCCAGUACACAGUGAUGUGUGUCUGUGGAUUAAUUUAUGAGAAAGUGCUGGUUCGAUCCAAGAACUGCACACUAUUAUGAGUGCGGAAAGAGAAGCUAUACACUUUAAUGUUUGUUGUAUUUUCAUUGGUGUUUAUUUGCUUCAAGCUGUUAAUUUUAUACAUCAGUUUAUACUUUGUUUCAUAAUUGCGCUUUGUUAGAAAAAAUCCUGAUUGUUGUUACUUAAUUUAAUUAUUUCUGUUUUAUUUAAGUGCAUCUUUGACGUUUUAAGUGUUUAAUAAACAGCACUUCACCGCACACAUGAUUAAGACGGCUUUUUGUCUACAUUCAGAGAUUGUUUUGGUUUAGGAGUACCCAAGUUGGAGCUUUCUGUUGAUCUUUCGUUGUUCCCGCCUCGCCGUGAUGACGUCAGCGCUGACGCGUUCAUUCAGCGUCGAGUCUUCAGAGCUGAGCUCUGCCGCCAUCAGUGAAAGACAAAGACAGAGUUUAUUGAAGGACAGUGAGAAGAUGAGUGAUCCAGAACCCUGCAGAAUUAAACAGGAAGAGACUGAAGAACUAAUAGAUCUGAAGGUGAAGAGUGAAGAACUGAGUGAAGAUGAGGAGAAACCGUACCAGUGUUCACACUGCGACAUGAGAUUUUGUGAUUUAGGAAACUUGAAUUCGCAUAAGAAGAUCCACACUGGAGAGAAAACACACAAGUGUGAUCAAUGCGGCAAAACAUUUAUGAUGCCUUCACAGCUGAAGACCCAUCUUAGAGUUCAUACAAAGGAGAAGCCUUAUUCAUGCUCUGAGUGCGGGAAGAGUUUCAGACGUCUGUCAAAUUUAAAAGCGCAUCAGAAGAUCCACACCGGUGUGAAAGAGCAUGUGUGCAUUGAGUGUGGGAAGAGUUUCAUCAGAGCUGGAGAAUUGAAAAAUCACCAGAGGAUUCACACCGGAGAGAAACCGUACAAGUGUUCACACUGCGACCGGAGAUUCGGUCAGUUACAAAUAGUGAAAGUACAUGAGAGGACUCACACCGGAGAGAAGCCGUACGCUUGUACUCAAUGUGGGAAGAGCUUCAAACAAUCACCAAGCUUUUAUCGACACAUGCAGAUCCACACUGGAGAGAGACCGCAUACAUGUGAUCACUGCAGCAAAACUUUUCUCUGGCCUUCAGACCUGACGAGACAUCUGAGAGAUCACACAAACGAGAAGCCUUAUGCAUGCUCAGAAUGUGGAAAGAGAUAUACAGAGCAGUCAACCUUGAGAAGACAUCAGAAGAUGCACACCGGUGUCAAAGAGUUUGCGUGCUUUGAGUGUGAGAAGAGUUUUAUUAGAGCUGCGGGUUUGAGACAACACCAGAGGACUCACACUGGAGAGAAACCGUACGUGUGUUCACACUGCAACAAAACGUUCAGAUAUUCAGGACACCUGAAAGCGCAUGAGCGGAUCCACACUGGAGAGAAACCGUACACUUGUACUCAGUGUGGGAAGAGUUUCAGCGUUUCAUCGUCUCUUAAUUCACACAUGCUGAUCCACACUGGAGAGAAAAUUCACAGAUGUGAACAGUGUGGCAAGACAUUUUUGAGGGCUUCACAGGUAAAGAAACACCUUAGAGUUCAUACGAAGGAGAAGCCUUUUCAAAACAUUGACCUUCCUGAAAACUCUCUUCUGCAUACUUCCGGCCGCAAACGUAUCCGCUCUAGCAACAACCAGUCUUCAGAGCUGAGCUCUGCCGCCAUCAGUGAAAGAGAAAGACAGAGUUUAUUGAAGGACAGUGAGAAGAUGAGUGAUCCAGAACCCUGCAGAAUUAAACAGGAAGAGACUGAAGAACUAAUAGAUGUGAAGAGUGAAGAACUGAGCGAAGAUGAGGAGAAACCGUACCAGUGUUCAGACUGCGACAUGAGAUUCAGUGAUUUAGGAAACCUGAAUUCACAUAAGAAGAUCCACACUGGAGAGAAACCACACAGAUGUGAUCAAUGCGGCAAAACAUUCAUGAUGCCUUCACAGCUGAAGAACCAUCUUAGAGUUCAUACAAAGGAGAAGCCGUAUUCAUGCUCCGAGUGCGGGAAGAGUUUUAGACAGCCGUCAAAUUUAAUAUCGCAUCAGAAGAUCCACACUGGUGUGAAAGAGCAUGUGUGCAUUGAGUGUGGGAAGAGUUUCAUCAGAGCUGGAGGAUUGAAAACUCACCAGAGGAUUCACACCGGAGAGAAACCGUACAAGUGUUCACACUGCGACCGGAGAUUCAGUCAGUUACAAAUAGCGAAAGUACAUGAGAGGACUCACACCGGAGAGAAGCCGUACGCUUGUACCGAGUGUGGGAAGAGCUUCAGAUCAUCAGCAAUCCUGAAACAACACAUGAAGAUCCACACUGGAGAGAAACCUUACAAGUGUUCACACUGCGACAAGAGAUUCAGGCAUUCAAAAACCUUGACUUCACACAUGCUGAUCCACACUGGAGAGAAAACACACAAGUGCGAUCAAUGCGGCAGAACGUUUAAGAGGCCUGCAGAGCUGAAGAAACAUAUUAGAGUUCAUACAAAGGAGAAGCCUUAUUCAUGUUCUGUGUGCGGGAACAGUUUCAGUAACGGCUCCAAUUUAAUAACACAUCAGAAGAUCCACACUGGUGUGAAAGAGCAUGUGUGCCUUGAGUGUGGGAAGAGUUUUAGUAGAGCUGGGGAAUUGAAAAAUCACCAUCGGAUCCACACCGGAGAGAAACCGUACAAGUGUUCACACUGCGACAAGAGAUUCGGUCAGAAACGAUCACUGAAGGGACAUGAGAGUAUUCACACUGGAGAGAGACCGUACACAUGUACUCAGUGUGGGAAGAGCUUCAGAUCAUCAACAAUCCUUCAACAACACAUGAAGAUCCACACUGGAGAGAAAAAUCACGAAUGUGAUCAAUGCGGCAAAACAUUUCUCUGGACUUCAGAUCUAAAGGAGCAUCUUAGAAUUCAUACAAAGGAGAAGUUUUAUUCAUGUUUAGAGUGUGGGAAGAGUUUUACGCAACGGUCAAGUUUAAGACAACAUCAGAUGAUCCACACUGGUGUGAGAGAGUUUGUCUGCUUUGACUGUAAGAAGACUUUUAUUACAUCUAGUGCCUUGAAACAGCACCAGAAGAUUCACACUGGAGAGAGAACUUACGUUUGUUCACACUGCGACAAAGCAUUCCUUCAUGCAGCACAUCUGAAAAUACAUGAGCGGAUUCACACUGGAGAGAAACCGUACACGUGUACUCACUGUGGGAAGAGCUUCAGAGCUUCAUCAUCCCUUCAUUCACACAUGCGGAUGCACACUGGAGAGAAACCGUACACGUGUACUCAGUGUGGGAGGAGCUUUACAGCUUCAUCGUCCCUUAAUUCACACAUGCUGAUCCACAAUGGAGAGAAAACACACAAAUGUGAUCAGUGCAGCAAGACAUUUUUAAGGGCUUCAGGGCUGAAGAAACAUCUUGGAGUUCAUUCAAAGGAGGAGCCUUUUCAUUAGCAUCAACAAAAAUGACCUUCCUGAAAACCCUCUUGUGCAUUCACAAACACAGGACUUCACAGUCAAAUGUGUGUGUUAAUGAAUUCCAGUAAUUUGUAAAUAGAGCACAAGUUCAAUCACAAUUUUGUUUAUUUUUUUAUAAUCACUUUUCAGGACGUUCACCUUUAUUGGAUAGGAAAGUAGAAAGAAUUGACAGGAAAGCAUGGGGAGCAGAAAGAGGGGGAGGAUCGGCGUAGAACCACAAGGCGGGAAUCAAACUCGGGUCGCCGUGAGCACCGGAGUGCAUGUGUCGACGCUCUACACCACUGGCGCCGACUAGUUCAAUCACAAUUAGCAUAAUCCCCAGCUAUUAUUAUUAAUAACAAUAAGGUCACCUGAUAUGAUUGGUCCUGCUAAUAAUAACUCUGAGGACCCCAAAAUGGUGUUGGUUCUUAGUAUUGUCCAAGUUACCCCCAGAGGCGACCCUGGACAAGCUAUUCACAUCAGAGCUCCGAGUGUAAACAUACUAUAGACGGGCAUAGAUUAUUUUAUUUAUCUUGAUUAAUCUCACUGUAAUCUUUAAAUUAAUCUAGAUUAAAAUGGCUUAUUUGAAUUCCGGCAAAGGCAUUCAGAACAUGUUUGCUACCCAAAUAAUAAGUCUUUGAGAACGGGUUUUUCAAGCCAGGUGGCGCAUCAGACCAGGGGCUCAUCUCCUGUUUCCAAAAUGCAUCAUAAACUACUUGAGGAACUGUUCUACUAUGAUAAUUGGUGAUG